AUGUCAGGGCACCUGGAAGCCAAGAGCUGGGACUACACACAGAACAGAGAUCAUGACUUCUGCUACAGGUGGAUCAUUAGCAACUUCUCUUUUUCGGUUGAGGGAAUGGGGGAAUAUAUUACAAGUCCAGUGUUCUCAUCAGAGGCCAAUGAUGAAGUGGUAUGGUGUUUGAGAGUAUACCCAAAUGGGAUUGAUGAAGAAAGCAAGGGCUACCUGUCACUUUACAUGACACUGCUCAGCUGUAAAAAGAGCCCAAUUUUGGCAAAGUUUCACUUUUGUAUCUUAAAUGCAAAUGGGGGAAAAAGCAAUAAUGCAAGGAGCCCAGGAGUCUGUAGUUUACUGCCGUACCAAGAAUAUGGAUUCAAAAAGUUCAUUCAUCGAGGUUUCCUCUUGGCUCAAACCAAUUCACUAUUACUGGAUGACAGACUUACCCUCAUCUGCAAAGUGAGAGUGCAAAAACAUUCCUUAAGCAUUUCUGGACAGGACACAAGACCUGCAAUCAAUAUUCCAAGGUGCACAUUGGCAGAUGACCUAGGGGAGCUUUGGGAGAAUUCCCUCUUCACAGACUGCUGCCUAUUGGUAGGCGGACAAGAAUUCAGGGUUCACAAGGCCAUUCUAGGAGCUCGUUCUCCAGUUUUGAAAGCCAUGUUUGAACAUGAAAUCGAGGAGAGUCUAAGGAACCACGUUGAGAUCCAUGACCUGGAUUCCCAAGUCUUCAAGGAAAUGAUGGGCUUCAUUUACACGGGGAAGGCUCCACACCUCCACAGCCACUCCAUGGCCACUGAUGUGCUGGCAGCUGCUGACAAGUAUGGCCUGGAAGACUUGAAGGUCCUGUGUGAGGAUGCCCUCUACAGGAGUCUCUCUGUGGAGAAUGCUGCACAAACUCUCAUCCUGGCUGACCUCCACAGUAGAGAGGAGCUGAAGAGUCAGGCUCUGUAUUUCAUUUCAGUUCAUGCUUCUGAGGUCUCUCAGACCUCAGGGUGGAAGUCAAUGGUGGAGUCACAUCCCCACUUGGUGGCUGAAGCAUUCCUCUCCCUAGCUUCUGCAAAGAGUGUUCUCUGGUCCCCCCCUCUCAAACAACUUAAGUGGUCUUUAAGACCUGUUCAGCAAAGACCUACAUCUGUAUUCCAACAGUAA